CUCUCCCCAGACAGAGGACUCAGGACCGGCCUGCUCUGCACCUCAGCAAUGGCCCUGGACAAGAACCUGUAACCAUCAUGACCUUUAACCUCACCAAGAUCAUAAAAACCUCCUCCUCCUUUGAGUUUCGGACCUGGGAUCCAGAGGGAGUGAUUUUUUAUGGUGAUACCACCCCAGAGGAUGACUGGUUUGUGCUGGGACUUCAGGAUGGCAGGCCUGAGAUCCAGCUUUAUAAUCACUGGGCCCACCUUACAGUGGGUGCUGGACCCCGGCUGGACGAUGGGAGGUGGCACCAGAUGGAAGUGAAGAUCGAUGCGGAUUCUGUGAUGCUGGGGCUGGAUGGGGAGGAGGUGCUGCAUCUGAGACAGAUCUCUGGGCCACUGGCGAACAAACCCCAGCCCAUCACGAGGAUUGCUCUGGGGGGGCUGCUCUUUCCUGCCUCCAAACUCCAGUUGCCACUGGUCCCUGCCCUGGAUGGCUGCCUGCGCCGGGAUGACUGGCUGGACCAGCAGGCCCAGACCUCAGCAUCUGUCCCCACUAGUCUCAGAAGCUGUGCUGUAGAGUGUCAACCUGGGAUAUUCUUCCCGCCAGGGACUGGUGCAGAACUCAGUCUCCGAGACAUUCCCCGGCCUCAUGCAGAGCCCUGGGCCUUCUCCUUGGACCUGGGACUCCAGCUAGCAGCAGGCUCAGGCCACCUCCUUGCCCUUGGGACCCCAGAAAACCCUUUCUGGCUCAGCCUUCACCUCCAAGAUCAAAAAGGGGUGCUGUCAUCUGUGUCAGGGCCAGGGCUGGAUCUGCCCCUCAUCUUGGGGAUCACUCUUCAGCUGAAGCUGACUGUGUCCAGGGUGGUUUUGGGCCAGGGGACAAAGAAGGAGAUCUUUGCUCUGCCUCCCAUGGGCCCCGGCUCCCUCCUCAACCUCUGGGCCCAGACACAGGGACGUCUCUUCCUGGGGGCUUUGCCAGGAGAGGCCUCUUUUGCAUCCUUUUGCUUGGAUGGCCUUUGGGCACAAGGCCAGAGACUGGACAUGGACCAGGCCCUGAGAAGAAGCCAGGACAUCUGGACUCACAGCUGCCCCCAGAGCCCAGGCAAUGGCACUGACACUACCCUUUAAAUCCCCACCUAAGAACCUCCUUUGAAUGUCACUCAUUCAUUUAUUUAACAGAUAUUUACUGUGCAUCUGCAAUGUACCAGGCACUAUGCUGAGCAUCGGGUUGCAGUGAUGAGCAAAACUAACCCUGCUUCGGGACUUCCCUAGUGCCAGUGGUUAAGACGCCGAGCUCCCAAUGCAGGGGGCCUGGAUUCGAUGCCUGGUCGGGGAACUGAGAUCCUGCCUGCUGCACAUUGCGGCCAAGCAAAACAAAACAAAAAACUAACCCUGCUUCCUGCCCUCUCGGUGCUUGUGGUCCCCUGGGGGAGGCAGGCAUCCAUCAAAGACUAACAAGUGAGUGGAUAAUUGGAAACUCUGAUAUGCACCAUAAAGGAGCAGUCAGGGAACUGAGAAAGCUUGAAGGCCGGUGGCCUUGACCUAGGCUGGGGAUCAAGGAGGGCUUCCUGAGGAAGUGGUGACUUCUUAGGCUGAGAUCCCAGCAACAGCACCCACAGACACACACACCCCAGAUGCGAGUCACUUCCCGGGAGCCACGAGCCCACCUCCUUCCCCAGCAGCUGCUGCCUUGGGGCUUUAGCUUUGUCCCUCUGGGGCUGGUC